UCCUCCAACACCCUCUCCGCGCUCCUCGCAUCACAGAGAUGUUAUUGCAUUAAGAAUAAACCAGCCAAGCGAUCAAAGAGCCGAAUGGAGUGUGCUUUUAAUGUCCCGUCACCUUUUGGCUACAGAAUCUUCGAGUGAAAACAGGAAAAGCAAACAUCAGUUCCACAUUUUGGUUACUGGCUUGUACCUGGUGGAGCGUCGAGAACUGGAUUCCCAACAAGCCUCCAGCCUUGCGUUCGUUAAAAACAGGAGUUGAGCUGGAGUGUCUGGGAGGAUUACAAUGUCAUUGUUCGUGACGGGCACUUGAGUUGGGUUUUCUGGAGAGUUUUUGAAUGCUCCCCGGGCUCGCAGCACUGAGAUCGGGACGUGUUGAGAACAGGGAGUCGGUGGCGCGGAGUCCGCAUGGCGCAACGGUACGAGGAUCUGGUCCACUACGGCAUGGAUGCCGUCGGUAUCCCGUCUCCGAUGUACGGGGAUCCGCACGCUGCCAGAGCGAUGCAGGCGGUGCAUGUGAGUCACGGCCCGCCGCUGCACCACUACCCGCACCCGGCAGCUCCCGGUGUCCCGUUGCCCGUUAACGGCGCACUAAAACGGGACAAAGACGCCAUUUACGGACACCCUCUUUUCCCUCUGCUUGCACUAGUCUUCGAAAAAUGUGAAUUAGCGACUUGUACGCCGCGAGAGAUCGGAGUUACCGGUGAUGUCUGCUCGUCGGAGUCUUUUGACGAAGAUAUUACAGUAUUCUCGAAACAGAUGAGGGCGGAAAAACCUUUCUUCUCGUCGAAUCCAGACUUGGAUAAUUUGAUGAUUCAAGCCAUUCAAGUGUUGCGAUUUCAUCUCCUCGAAUUAGAGAAGGUGCACGAGCUGUGUGAUAAUUUCUGUCACCGCUACAUCAGCUGUCUGAAGGGAAAGAUGCCCAUUGAUCUGGUGGUCGAUGAUAAAGAGGGGGGGUCCAGAUCAGACGGAGAGGAACUUACACGCACCCCCGGCGGUGCAGAGCAGGUGUGUUGGAGGGAGGAUGAUGCUGCAUCCGUUCAUUCUUCCGAAGCUGCAGCUCCCUGUGGCAGACACUCACACAAUGGAGACAACAGCAGUGAGCACGGUGAUUUUUUGGAUCAGAGUGUUGCCUCUCCAAGCACAGGAGAAGAGGAAGACCCUGAUAAAGAACGAAAGAACAACAAGAAAAGAGGGAUUUUUCCCAAAGUGGCAACCAACGUCAUGAGGGCAUGGCUGUUUCAGCACCUCACGCACCCAUACCCCUCAGAGGAACAGAAGAAGCAGCUGUCUCAGGACACAGGACUGACCAUCCUCCAGGUCAACAACUGGUUUAUCAAUGCCAGAAGAAGGAUCGUCCAACCAAUGAUCGACCAGUCCAACCGUGUCGUAGGUCAUGGUGGCCCGUACACUCCUAAUGGUCAGCCAAUGGGAGGUUUUAUAAUGGAUGGACAGUCACACAUGGGCAUCAGACCUCCAGCAGCUCUGGGUGGUCUUGGAGGAGUGAAUAUGGGGCUGGAGAGUCAGUGGCACUACAUGUAAACAAUCUCUCCUGCCAUCCUGCUGAACACAGCAAACAAGAGAGUCCGGCAUUCUGGUACUUUGAAAGGACUGGUCCUCAACUCAUGGAUUGGGAAAUUGCAUUUGCACCACCAAUAAUGGCCUAUCAUCAGCGGUACAGAUACCCUUCAAAAACCUUUACAGCUUUACUCUCGGCAAGUUCUAAAGGCGCCGUCCUCGCGACACAGACAGUUUCAGCACGCAACGAGAGCGCUCUCAUUCAAGAUGGCAUCCUGGACCCGUGUUUCAUAUGAUGGGCAGAUCGACCACAUCCGUGAAGACAGACAACGAUAUAGAAAAGAGAUGCCUCAACACCUGGACAUACCUCCUCUGGGCCAGGAACCAGGUGAUUCUUCCAGUGGCCUUAAAGGUCAAAUCAAAAGUCUCGUGUUUCAACCCAAGUGCAACCUGAAAUGAAGAGUCAUUAUUCUGAAAACAAAAGACGGGGAGUUUUUCUGCUGUGGGCGUCCCGGCACCAGCAAACGUCGAUGUCACUUGAAGACAUCAACGACAAUAACAGUCAAGAGUUUGUGAUCUCAAGAAAGAUGGUCGAGAUCUUUGAUGAAUAUCUGCGCAAAGAAAUUGAAUAUACUACAAAAAUGUCCUAAUCGUUAUUUUUGUCUUGUUUUCUGGGAGAAAUAUCUAAACAUCUUGAGAGAAAUUUACAUGAGAAGCGAAAUGAUUGUGCAAGAUAUUAUAUUGUAUGAUACAUGCAAAAAUGCAUCUUGAAUUAUUUUAUUUUCUUGAAUUAAGUUUUUUAUUUUACCCCGUUGGAAACAUUGGCAAAGUUGUUUUAAGCAUAAACUUCACUAUCUUUGGUUAAAACAAGAAAUCACGCAAUAAUGCUAAUUAGGUCAAUUCUUUUGUAAGUUAUUAUACAGUAGGAUAUUUUUAAGAUUUGUUUGAAGGCUCGGUCUCAGAGAACGCAUCUUGAAUUUUUUACUAAAUUUACAAAAUGUCUUUCUUGUUUUGUUUUAAGCAUAAACCUCAUUAAACUGAGUUAGAUUUAUAUGCUUAAAACGAAAAAUGACAUAAGAAAUAUGAACUUAAUUAUAGAUGCAUUGUCUGAAAAAUGCUGUUUUAUAAUUUUACACAAUUUAGCUUCAUAUAUACACUAAAACUAAUGUUUUAAGAUUUAAGCUUUCAAUUUAAUAACCAAACAAAUCCAUCAAAUUGAAUUGAGUAAUCUUUAACAAAAUAAUAAUAAUACUUUUAUGAAUGUAUUUUUUCAUCAAAAUUACACAGUUGAAUUUGAUGGGAUUUUCUAAUGAAACUCAAAUGCAUACAUCUUAAAAAUAGGCAAAAAUAUUUUUUGGGGGUGUAAAUUUAUCUUGUUUUCAGAACGUUUAGAUAUUAUUUCUGGUAAACUAGACAAGUGUAUACAGUGUGUACAAAACCCAAUAAAUGCAUAUAAUGCUGCUGGAUGUGUCAAACGUGACACAAGGCUCAUAAACGCGGGUUUUGCCCUGUGAAUGAAACUAAAGGAUUCUCACACACGACCGAUUUAUUGCAAAUGUGCUCAGAUACAUUUGGACAGUCUGGAGACGACGAGUUGAAAGUUCCUAAUAAUUGUUAAUGUUCUUGAUUUGACUGACUUGAGCUGAGCUGUAUUUUCACAGUAUGCGUGUGUGUGUGUGUGUGUUUGUGUUUUGGAUUCAGUGUGGGUUAUUUGCAUAAAUAUUCAUACCUCAACAAGUGUGUUAUGUAUCAUUAUUGUUGUAUAUUGUUGUGAAGAUCUGCUCUGAUUCCUUUGCUAUGUUGGGAGUGGAAUAUUCUCAUACAGCAUAUUGUGGCACAGUAUGCAGUAUGUAGUACUAAACGUUUCAAACAGUAAUAUUUUACAAUGUUGUCGCAUGACCUCACUAUUAUGCAGGUUUAGUAAUCAAGUAGCAUCUGGUUAUCAU